AUGUCUAAGGCCAGCAAUGUUGACUUCAAUGCCAGAACAAAGAGCGGAGAUACCCCCUUACACUGGGCAGUAGCCCAUAACCAACAAGAAUUCGCGUCAUUUCUGAUCAAUGCAGGGGCUGAUAUCAACAUCCAAAACACCAAUGGCAAGACGGCUCUACACGUGGCAACGGCAACGGACCACAGGCACUUCAUCAAGAUCCUAAUAGAUCAAAGGGCAGACCUUGAGCUUGAAGACUCAGAGGGAUACACUUGUUUGCGAUGGGCUGCCCGUUAUGGAUACCAGAGAACUGUUAACACGCUGCUGGAGGCCGGAGCAAAGAUCAGCGCGUCUGACAAGGAUGGAUACACAGCGCUACGCUGGGCAGCCCGAGAGGGGUACAAGUCGAUCGUCAAGACUCUCAUCGAUAGAGGCUCAUCGAUCGAGUCACCCGGCUCAGAGAAGUGGACGCUGCUGAGAUGGGCAGCACAAGAGGGCCAAGACUACAUUAUCAGCCGCUUAGCUAAAAGAGGUGUCAGCUUGGAUGAUCCGGAUUCCGAGGGACUGGCUGCUUUGAGCUGGGCUGUGAAGUACAAGCGAGAGAUGACCGUGUGGAAGCUGAUCAAGGGUGGUGCAGAUAUCAACAAGCCGGACAAGAAGGGGAAUCGACCUCUUCACCUGGCUGUAGACAACACUAGCGGUGAUCAUGAUAGGAGCUCUCUGAAUAUCGUCUGGAUACUCUUACAGAAUAAGGCCGAAAUCGACGCUAGGAACAAACAUGGAAUGACACCUCUGCAUCUAGCAGCGGCCAGAGGAACCAAAUCAACCGUCUGGCUGCUACUCGAAAACGGAGCGAGCCCAACUCAAGUGGACACGAAUGAUCACAACGCAUUAUACAAGGCCGUGACUGGGCUCCAUCUUGGAUGCUGCCAGAUACUGAUACAGAAAGAGGAGAACCUUGUCAACUCUAAGGACUUGUCAUGGCGUACGCCUUUGCAUGAAGCGGCCUCAUGGGGAUCGCUCCCGAUUGUGGAAAUGCUCCUAAGCCACGAUGCGCAUAUCGAUGCUCAGACGCGCAAGGGUCAGACACCACUUUAUCUCUCAAUCCUCCAAGAUCACUUUAGUGUUGCAGAGUUGCUAGUCAAGAAAGGUGCAAACUUACAGAUCCUCAACACCAACAAGAGAUGGACGGCUUUGCACCUUGCAGCCUGGGCAGGAAGUCUUGUUAUUGUAGAGAUUCUCAUCAGCAAUGGGGCAGACAUUGACGCGCAGGAUCGACAAGGGUACACCGCGCAGCAUUUUGCGCUUCAGGCUGGACAUGGCGGGAUCGUGGAUUGCCUGAGGAUGAAUAGAUCGAAUACACAGCACCCGAAGCCUGAAGGGUUGAAUCCAAAGGACUUGACUGCACAAAGCACAGGGAAACCAUUCACAGCGACCAACAAGUCCUUUAUCUUCGAGGAAAAGAAAAGUGCUGAUUCCACACAAACAGAAGAGCGUCCGUGGUGGAAAGGAGAUAAACGGUUCGCGGCUACCGUGGAGGAUGAGUAA